UUGGCUGCUCCUGGAGACACGUUGCACUGCACUUACUUGUAUCUGCUCAGCGGUGAAUUUGCAUUCAAGAAAUGGUUUCCAUCACAACUGAAAAGACUACAGAACUUUACAAUAUCUUGGCCACUCAGGAGCUCACAGUCAGUCCAACAGAUUGCAACAAUAAUUCAGGAGUUCAUCAGCUGAAUCAAUACAAAUGUAUUAAUUCAUAUGUAUGGCAAUGGCUACAGGAUUUUCAGCCUGUCUUCCUCUGGUUCAUAUUUAUUCUUGGAGCAUUGGAAAAUUCCUUUGUCCUCAUUGUCCUGUGUUUCCACAAGAGUCGCUGCACAGUGGCUGAAAUUUACCUAGCAAACAUGGCACUUGCUGACUUAAUGUUGGUCUGUGCUUUACCUUUCUGGGCCAUUAAUAUUUCUAAUGGGUUUCAAUGGCCUUUUGGCCUGUUCCUCUGUAAAGCUGUCAAUGUAAUGAGUAACAUGAACUUUUACUCUAGCAUUUAUUUCCUGACACUUGUGAGCAUCGACCGCUACCUAGCCUUGGUGAAAACCAUGUCUCUUGGACGGAUGCGACGAACUGUCUGUGCCAAAUGGAAUAGCUUUGUCAUCUGGACAUGUGCAGUGCUCAUAUGUUCACCUACAAUGGUGUUCCGAAAAUUGCACUAUUAUGCAGAAUACAACAUCACAGCCUGCACUCUUGUUUACCCAGCCAGCUACUGGGAGCCUGCAAACAACUGCUUGUUGAAUAUUAUGGGCUUUGUGAUCCCACUCUGUGUAAUUGCCUACUGCACAAUUCAAAUCAUCAAAGCCUUACGAACUAAUGAGCUACAAAAAAUUAAGUUAGUCCAGACAGAGAGGAGAGCCACCAUGCUGGUCCUUGCUGUGCUUUUGCUGUUCAUCAUUUGCUGGCUUCCAUUCCAAAUCAGCACGUUCAUUGACACAAUCCGUUACCUUGCACCCACUCUUAAAUGCCUGGAAGAAAUCAAUGACAUAGUGACCCAGAUAGGUACAUACUGUGCCUUUUGCAACAGCUGCCUGAACCCAAUCUUGUACGUGAUUGUAGGGAAGCACUUCCAGAAGAAGGUUGUGGAAUUCUACAAGGACUUGUUCCCGAAGAGGUGCAGAAAAUCACAGUCUGUGAAGAUGGAAAACUCCCUGGACACUUUAAGAACUUCCAUUUCAAAUGAAUAUCCAAGGAAAAAGUCUGUUUUCCCAUCACCAUGAUAGAACAAUUUGUCCAUUACAGAAAAAAAAAAGCCU